GGAAAAUUCGGUAAACCGGGUGCCCCAGGUAGCCCAGGAGUUCCCGGUCGUCCCGGUGAAGAUGGACUCCCUGGACCUCGAGGGCCACCAGGAUAUCCGGGAGCCAAGGGAGAUAAAGGCUUACCGGGAAAAGUUGGUCCGAAAGGUGAAAAGGGUGCUAAGGGUGAAACCACGGAUGUGGAUGCCAUGCCUGGUCCUGAUGGUGACAUGGGUCCCCCUGGGGCUCCAGGAGAACCUGGCGCUCCCGGUCAGUUCGGGCCAAAAGGUUUCCCCGGCGAACCGGGUCCGCGAGGUGAACCUGGUCCGAAAGGUCAACGGGGACCUGGUCACGGUGAUGUGAUUGUUGGAGAACCAGGGAGAAAAGGAGAAAAAGGUCUAUCCGGUUUGGACGGUAAGCGCGGCAAACCCGGACAGCCUGGAACACCAGGACGUAAGGGUGAAAAAGGUUUUCCGGGACGGGAAGCAGUCGGAGCCAAGGGUGAAAAAGGAGCUCCCGGCUUUCCGGGACCAAUGGGUGAACCAGGCGAUCGAGGUCGAGCUGGUGUGCCUGGACCGGUUGGUGAUCCUGGUGAACGCGGACCGCAAGUAGAUGGACCACCAGGACCGAAAGGAGUGAAAGGCAAACCUGGCAUUUCCGGUUUGCGAGGUCGUGAGGGUGAUCCUGGACCAGUUGGUCCAAAAGGUGACUGUACUGUAUGUCCAGAUGGCCGACCUGGAAUACCCGGGCCAAAAGGAUUCCGUGGACCACCUGGUCCAGCGGGACUUCCUGGAAUGGACGGAUCUCCUGGACAAAAAGGUCUUGUUGGUGCCCAAGGUCGUGAUGGACAGCCAGGUCCAUCAGGAAUACGAGGCGAAAAAGGUGAACGCGGAACAGAUGGUCCACGUGGCGAGAAAGGUGACCCCGGUCCAAUCGAGUUUGUGAAUGCCACAGUCCCAGAAGCCCCACGUGGUGAUANUGGCGUUCCCGGUCGUGCAGGUAUUGCCGGAGAACCCGGACCGAAAGGCUUCCCUGGACCAAAAGGACAGACAGGACCAAUGGGACCCAAAGGUGAACCUGGUCCAAUGGGACUGCCUGGUUUCAGUGGGACUGCUGGAACUCCGGGCAGACGUGGUGAACCCGGUCCACCUGGUCAAGUGUUCCGAGCACGCAAAGGUGCACCUGGCGCGCCUGGUCGUGAUGGUCUCCCUGGUGAAAAGGGCGAACCUGGACUGCCAGGCAUGGACAACGUGGUGGAUCAAAUUUUUGAAUACAUCAAGGGUGAACGCGGUCCAAAAGGAUUGCCCGGUGAAAAAGGACUUUCUGGAUUCCCCGGAGAACAAGGUCGCGAGGGUGAGAAAGGUUUGGCUGGUAUUCCUGGCAAGCAAGGGAAACCAGGGAUGCCAGGUCCUGCUGGACCAGCUGGUGAAAUCGGAGACAAAGGACUUCCAGGACCGAAGGGUCUAAAGGGUCGACCUGGACCACCCGGAACUAUGGGUCGCAAAGGUUCUCCUGGACCAGACGGUAUGAAGGGCUAUCCUGGCCUGCCGGGUGAUAUGGGUGAACGCGGUCGUCCUGGUAUUCCGGGAAGUUCAGGUAAAGGACAUGCGGGUGAACCUGGAGACCCUGGUCUUCCGGGAUCCAUGGGUCCGAAGGGUCUUCCAGGUCGUUUGGGAGAAAAAGGUGAGCAAGGACCAGCAGGCAUACCCGGAAUCACCGGCCCUAAGGGAGAAAUGGGAGAUCGUGGGCCAAAAGGUGAUCCCGGCGAACCGGGUGAAAUCUUACAAGGCCGAAAGGGUGAGAAGGGAAUGCGAGGUGAUCCGGGUAUCCCCGGUCCAGACGGAGCUAAAGGUGAACCAGGUGCGAACGUGGUUCCCGGUGCAGAACUCAAGGGUUCUCAGGGUCCACCUGGUCCAAUGGGUCCAGAGGGUCCAACCGGUGUCCCUGGACCUCAAGGUAAACCUGGUUUGAUCGGACCUCCAGGUCGACCCGGAGCGCAUGGGAAUAAAGGUGAACGCGGAGAUGCCGGUAGCCCAGGAUUGCCAGGUCCUAAAGGAAUGAUGGGACCAAAAGGUGAUGAUGGAUUGGAAGGCCCGCGUGGUCCUUCUGGUGAUGAUGGUCCUCGAGGCGCUCCAGGACCGAAAGGAUUACCAGGUCUUCCUGGUGCUGCCGGUCCGAAAGGUUUCCCUGGUCAACCUGGAAAAGAUGGCACCGGUAUCAAGGGUGCAAAGGGUCUUCCAGGGCCAAAAGGUGUCAAAGGUCAACCUGGUGUGCCAGGUGACGAUGGUCUACCUGGUCCUAAAGGUUUGCCCGGAAUACCAGGUGUCGGUCACAAAGGUGCCAAAGGAGAGAAGGGUGUGAAGGGACAAGCUUCUCCACCCGGUGAAAAGGGUAAACCCGGUCUGGACGGUCCAGUCGGUGAGCGCGGUGAUCCUGGUCUGCCUGGUCCACUCGGCGAGAAGGGUGAACCUGGUCUUCCUGGAUCGUUUGGUCGACCUGGACGUAAUGGAGUGGCUGGUGAACCCGGGGAACCCGGGCCACGAGGACCAACUGGAUUGCCCGGUCCUACGGGAGAAAAGGGUGAACAAGGUUUGCCAGGGACCAGUGAUCGCGUCCCCGAGAUGGGACCCAAAGGUGAGCGAGGUGAACCGGGACCUCAAGGUCCUCCCGGUCCGAAGGGUGCUCUUGGACAAAAGGGUGAGACUGGAGGCAUAGGGUCUCCUGGUGUUCCUGGACGACCAGGCGAACCGGGCCCCAUGGGACCAAACGGUAUUAAGGGCCAACGCGGACCAGAAGGGCCUCGUGGACCACCGGGACCAAGCGGAGUUAAAGGAAUGAAGGGAGUUUUGGGACCGAAAGGAUUCCAAGGCCCAGAAGGUGAGACAGGAGACCGGGGUCAAUCUGUUCAGUCACCGAUGGGUGCCAAAGGUGAACGUGGUCCGGUCGGCCCUAUGGGACCGAAAGGACAGAAGGGUGUGGCAGGUGAACCUGGAUUGCGUGGCCCACCAGGUCCUCCGGGUGAGCAAGGACCAGAAGUGAGCGGCCCACCGGGUCCGAAAGGUUCUGCCGGCCCACCUGGACGACCAGGAAUCCCUGGACCGAAAGGCGAAAAGGGAAUGAAGGGAGCCUAUCCAGAUCGACCAGGACUGAAAGGCAUGCCUGGACGUGAUGGUCCACCUGGAUACAAGGGUGAACGUGGUCCGAAGGGAAUGUCCGGUCCCAUGGGUCCGAAGGGUAAUGCUGGAAUUCCGGGCGAAAGGGGUUCAACCGGACCGAAAGGUUUGCCUGGACGACCCGGAUCUCCAGGUAUGAAAGGUCAAACGGGAGAACAAGGUCCAAUGGGUCCUAAGGGUUUCCCUGGAUUGAAAGGAGAACAGGGUGCACCUGGUAUCAUGGGUCCAAAAGGCGACAGUGCAAUUGCGCAACCGGGUGAGAAAGGAGACAAAGGUUUUGCUGGACCUCCCGGCGAGCCCGGACAGACUGGUCGUCCAGGUUAUGAAGGAGCACCUGGUCAACAGGGACCACGAGGUGAACCAGGUGAUAUGGGUGAACCGGCAUUGCCAGGACCAAAAGGCUAUCCUGGACAACCGGGUGAGAAAGGGUAUGCUGGACCAGAAGGACCUAAAGGCGAUGCUGGUCCACAAGGUGAACCAGGAGUUGAAGGCGGUAUUGGAGAAACCCGUGGAAACACCGGUCAUCUUUUCACCGUCCACAGUCAGACCACACGAAUUCCAUCGUGCCCUUCAUCGACACGCAAAUUGUGGGAAGGAUAUUCAUUCCUCAGCAUGACUGGGUCAGAACGGGCUCAUGUGAAUGAUUUGGCCAGCCCCGGAUCGUGUUUGCAAUUGUUCAAUCCGAUUCCAUUCAUGUUUUGUGAAAAACAGGAGAACUGUUACUAUGCGCAACGGAACGAUCGAAGCUACUGGCUAAGCACCGAGGAGGAACCGAUGAUGUGGAACCCCGUGCCAGCAAACGAAACACAACGACACAUCAGCCGAUGUGUUGUCUGUGAAGCACCAAGCAAGCUGUAUGCUUUCCACGCACAAACGCUGGAGAUUCCAAAAUGUCCCGACGGUUGGUCUACGCUGUGGCCAGGAAGCAGUUUCCUCAUGAACACAGGAUACGGGGCUCAAGGUGGAGGACAACAGUUAGCCUCACCCGGCAGUUGUAUUCCACACUUCCGAUCGCACAUGUUUAUUGAAUGUACAGCCAAAGGUCUGUGCGGUUUCUUCGAGGAACACAAGAAUUUCUGGCUUCGAGUGAUGCCCAGCUCGAUGGAUGAGCACAUGUUCGGAAUGGUUCCGGGUACGGUGAUCAAAGUUCGAAGCAGUCCGGAUUCGGUGAGCAAAUGUGUGGUCUGUAUGCGAACGCAGCCGAUGACCACCCUGUUCUAUUUGACCUAA